AUGGGAUCUUGUACAUCUAAGCAGCUGGACAAUACCAAGCCAUCAGAGGCACCGAAGGUCAAUAACAAGCGCCAUGAUCAAAAACAAUCAUUGAACUCAAAUAAAAAUAAUAUCAACGCGUCAAAAGACCAUAAUACAUCGACGGAUUCUUCGAACGAAUUGCAUUCUUCAACGUACCCAGAAAAGUCUGCAAAUGAAACUUCAAAUGCCAUUUCUUCUUCGGCUGGUUCUGAAAAGGAAGUUAAAGUGUUGUUGUUGGGAUCAGGGGAAAGUGGUAAGUCCACAAUUGUUAAGCAGAUGAAAAUCUUACAUCAAAAUGGGUAUAGCACGGAGGAAUUAUAUGAAUAUAAGCCGUUUGUUUAUAAGAAUGUCUUGGAGUGUAUCAAAAGUGUGAUUAAUGCAAUAAUCGAUUUGGAACCUGAUUUAAUACAUAAACAGAAUGAAACCGGAGCAGAUGACAAUAUAGGGAAUAACACCGUUGCACCGGACAACCAGGAGGAUCGCAUACAGCAAUUCAGUGGUACAAAGGAUGCAAAUCGUAAGCACGUAUUAGAUUAUGAUAUGUUAAAUGAAGUUUUGGAUUAUGAGGUCAACAUUAAUGUUGAUGAAUCUUUCAAUCCAGAUAUUGCUGGUAAGAUUAUUCACAUUUAUAAGACCCCGGAGGUUCAGAAAUUUAUCAGAUACCAACAGGGAAAUUUCUAUUUAAUUGAUUCUACUAAUUACUUCUUGAAUGAUUUAGAAAGGAUUUCGAAAGUCGACUACUGUCCAUCAGUUAAUGAUAUUUUGAGAACGCGUAAGAAAACUUCUGGUAUUUUUGAUUUCAAAUUUCAAAUGAGCGGUGGAUUGAAUAUUCAUAUGUUCGAUGUUGGUGGUCAAAGAUCAGAAAGAAAGAAAUGGAUUCAUUGCUUUGAUAAUGUUACUUCUAUUAUAUUUUGUGUUGCUUUGUCUGAAUAUGACCAAGUUUUACUCGAAGAAAAUAGUCAAAAUAGAUUAGAAGAAUCGUUAAUUUUGUUUGAUUCCGUGGUUAAUUCAAGGUGGUUUGCAAGAACUUCAAUUGUCUUGUUUUUGAAUAAAAUUGAUGUGUUUGCAGAAAAGUUGCCCUAUUCUCCUCUAGAAAACCACUUUCCUGAUUAUACCGGUGGUAAUAACAUUAACAAAGCUGCCAAGUAUAUUUUAUGGAGGUUCAAUCAAGUGAAUCGAUCCGGUUUAAGUAUCUAUCCCCAUGUAACACAAGCUACAGAUACCUCAAAUAUUCAAUUGGUAUUUGCAGCUAUCAAAGAAACAAUUUUGGAAAAUAGCUUAAAAGAUAGUGGACUCCUAUAA